AUGGUCAGAAUAUCCAUCCCAACCCUCCCCAAAGCUCCCCUGAUCCCUCCAUCAGGCCUAUCGAUCCUCCCCCUCCCACAAGCUGCGUCGUACCUCGCACAAUUCCUCGAGAAUGGAAAGGGAAAUACGGUGAUGCUUACUGGAGCUGGAGUGAGCGUGGAUAGUGGGAUAAGGGCGUAUAGAGGGGAGAAGGGGACGUAUAGUAAUCCGAAUUAUAAGCCCAUUCUAUACCAUGAGUUGGUAGAAGAUAGCGAUCGCGGGGAUAUGUUCAGGCGGCGCUACUGGGCUAGAUCGUUUCUUGGGUACCCCCCCGUUCGAGACGCUCAGCCAAACCCCACGCACAUAUACAUAGCUGCAUUGCAGCAUUUGGGCUUAGCCCCGAAACUGAUAACGCAAAAUGUAGAUAAUCUUCAUCGUAAAGCUUAUUCCCUUCUCUCGCCGACAUAUGACAAAUCGUCGAUAUUGGAACUACACGGUACACUAGCAAAAGUACAUUGUCUGAAACAUCGUCAUGAACAGACGAGGGAUAUAUUCCAAGAGGAUAUAGCGAGGAUGAAUCCGAUCUGGGAUCAGGAGGCGAAAGAGGCCGAGAGGACGGGAAGACGCCCUCGUACAAAUCCCGACGGUGAUGUAGAGCUUCAUGGAGUAGAUUAUAGAUCAUUCAACGUACCUCCUUGCAGAAUAUGCGAGAAGGAGAAAGCCAAAGCUUCGAUGGUUAAACCAAAUGUCGUAUUCUUCGGAGAAACGAUAACACCGGAAGUGCGGGACGAAUCGUGA